UUUGGACAGAAUGGAAGGCAGAAAAGCAAAGCGAAAAACCAGACAUGUCACUUCAUUAGGGGACUACGACUGCACAUCCUCCUCAUCCUCCUCCUCCUCAGCCUCCUCAUCCUCCUCGUCAUCCUCCUCCUCCUCCAGCUCCUCUCCUCGACAGCUUCAGGCAGCAGAGCCAGUGGCGGGGACCAGCAAGCCCACCCGUUGCACUGUCUACAGGCGCAAAAUUAAAGCGGCAAAGGACAAAAAAGUCCUCCAAGCACGCACGGUGGAUGGUGGCCACGCGUACUUCAAGGGCCAAUACUUUUGUGCUGUGAAAGAGGGCCCUGGAGGACGCACAGUGCAAGAGUGGACCAGGGAACAGCUUGGCCCUGGUGAGCUGCAGAAGCUCCCCAGAACAACAGCCUGGAACCUCAAAUGAAGGUAUGAGAAACCAGAGAAACCGGGGGGGAAAGUGAGGAAGCCCCACAAACUGAGGAUCUGCCAGCUCUGUGGCCAGCCACAGCAGAAAGACUUUGGCCACAGCCAAUAUGGGGGAGAGCACUUCUGUGCUCUUUAUGAAGGGAAGACUGUGGAGCUGUGGCUGGCUGAGAAGAGGUCAAAAAAACAUUAAAAUUAUCCAACUGUACUGUAUCAUCCAAGCACCUUAUAUGUUUCAUCUGUUCAUUGCACCUUAUAUUUUUUAUUUUUACUUUGGACUGCAUUAUACUGGUUAUUUAUACAUUUUUUAUAUUGCAUUCUAUAUUGCUUUUUUUGAUUGUGUGUGUGUGUGUGUGUGUGUGUUUGUUGUUACUGUGUGUAAUGCUGCUUCUACACUGCAAUUUCCCUGCUUAUGUUAUACAUUUUUAACCUUUCUAAUAAACAUUUAAUUGAUUAAA